AUGAACAUCGACACAGUCCCGUUCGCCGCUGAGCCGGCUGCCCCGCGUACCGGCCUUCCAAAGGCCCGUGACAUGAGCCACCACCUAAACAGCAUAACCAAGCGGCGGGAGGCUAACAAGCUCAAAGAGCUAUACAAAUACGCCGCGAUCCCCGGCAUGAUCCCCAUGGCGGGCGGAGUCCCGUCCCCGGCCAUCUUUCCUUUCGAGACACUCAGCGCCGACAUCCUGCGCUACGACCACUUGCCGCUCAACCCGCCGCGCAUCCCGAAAAAGCAGGGGCUAUUUGAGUGGCUCUUCUCUUCAUCUUCUCCAGUUACAGACAAGAUCAACAUCCCUAAAUACGCUCCCGACCCGACGGACCCGAUGGCGAUCCAGCUGGCCACGUCGCUGCAAUACGCGGCUGCGACUGGCCCACCCGCCUUCCCCGUCUGGUUACGCAAGUAUGUCGAGACCGUGUUCAAGCCCGCUUUCGCCGACUGGGACGUGCUUCUUGACGUUGGUGCCACAGACGCCAUGACCAAGGUUUGCAGCAUGAUGCUCUCCGAGGGCGACAGUGUUCUUGUUGAGGAAUGGACGUACCCCGGCGCAAUGAACGCGUACCUCCCGUACGACGUGAAUGUCGUCGGACUUCCAAUGGACCACGAGGGCAUUAUCGCCGCAGAUAUGGACAAGGUUCUAGCCGAAUGGGAUGUGGAGAAGCAGGGUCGAUUCCCUCGCAUGCUUUACACUGUGCCCACAGGCCAGAACCCGACCGGCGCAACCAUGCUCGCCGACCGCCGCCGGGAGGUGUACGAGAUUUGUUCAAAGUAUGACAUUGUGAUCGUCGAGGACGAGCCGUACUACUGCCUAUUCAUGGACGAGUACGUUCCCCAGGGCGUCAAGUUGUCACCCGUCGCCCAAGCCUCACGUGACGCAGAGACAUCAGAGGGAGGCAAGGGCAACGACGCGUUCCUCAAGAGUCUUCCGCCCAGCUUCCUCCACUUUGACACGGACGGGCGUGUGAUCCGCUUCGACACAUUCUCCAAGACGUCGUGUCCGGGCUCGCGGCUUGGAUGGGUUACUUCCUCACCAAUCUUCAUCGAGCGCCUAACCCGAAUCUCGGAGUGCGGGACGCAAGCACCGUCCGGUUUCGCGACUGCGCUCACACUAACGAUGCUCAACCACUGGGGUUGGGACGGCUACGUCCGCUGGCUGCGUGGCAUCAAGGCCAACUACCGCAUGAAGCGUGACUGGAUGCUUGACGCGCUAGCCGACAGUUUCCACCUCGAAUCCGACUCGAAUGGCCUUAACCCGUUAGUCAUAACCACACCAUUUGGACGCAGAUUUACUGGUUACGCGCGCCCCAAUCCUGCCUCAGCCGAAGGGCGGUGGGACGAGAAGCGCGGUCUGACCGGAGCACACGGCAAGCCGUUGAUCAGCUACAUUCCGCCGAGUGCGGGCAUGUUCGUCUUCCUGGGCGUGCACCUCUCCGGCCACCCCGAAUACGCAGCGCUGGGGGACGACGCAACUAGAAUCUUGGCGGACCGGCUAUGGCGCGUCCUGGCCAAGCACCAUGUCCUCUUCGCUCCGGGAUGGGCUUUUGAUCCGGAGGGACCCCACAAUAUUGGCGGCGAGGGGAUGGGAUACUUCCGCCUCUCAUUCUCGAUCGUGACGUAUGAGGAGACGCGCGACGCGAUGGAGGUGUUUGCCAAGGUUCUCGGUAAGUUCUUGAACAAGUAG